AUGAAGGGGGCUACGCUACUGGCAGGAGCCUUGGUGGCUGCUUCGUCGGUCCAGGCGACUUCUCUGCAAAAUGUUUUCCAGGCGGAUACGCUUCUGGAUAAGGCUAUGAACGCUCUAGGCGUCAGCAAGCAAGAGCUGCAAAAAUCGGUGCCCAAGGAAAUCCAAAAUAUCUGGGGCGAAAUGGGCAUGCUGUUCCCCCAGCAGACCUCGGAGCUAGAGUUCGUGACCAAGCCUCGCACCAAAACAAGAGCCAAACCAGACUCGGAAUGGGACUUCGUCGUGCAGGAACACGCCGAGCACAAGUUGCGUGUGAACGAGAUUAAGGACCCUCAGAUCCUAGGUAUUGACCCGGGCGUGAAGCAAUACACAGGGUAUCUUGACGUUGAGGAAGAGGACAAGCAUUUCUUCUACUGGUUUUUUGAGAGUAGAAACGACCCCAAAAAUGACCCCGUCAUCCUGUGGCUUAACGGGGGACCCGGUUGCUCCUCCCUCACGGGCCUUUUCUUCGAGCUGGGACCAUCUUCUAUCGGCUCGAACUUGAAGCCCGUAUACAAUCCCCACGCCUGGAACUCCAAUGCGUCCGUGAUCUUUUUGGACCAGCCAGUUAACGUGGGUUACUCGUAUUCCGGAUCUGGCGGUGUUUCAAACACCGUUGCUGCUGGAAAAGACGUGUACGCUUUCUUGCAACUAUUUUUCAAGCAAUUCCCGGAAUACGCUUCUGGUCAAGAUUUCCACAUUGCUGGUGAAUCUUAUGCAGGCCAUUACAUUCCUGUUUUUGCCACAGAAAUCUUGUCGCAUUCUGCGGAAGAGAGAAAUUUCAAUCUAACCUCGGUUUUGAUUGGCAACGGGUUGACGGAUCCGUUGACUCAAUAUCCUUACUACGAACCCAUGGCUUGUGGUGAGGGUGGAGAACCUUCUGUCCUAGAGCCCGAAGAGUGUGAAGGGAUGUUGGACACUUUGCCCCGUUGUUUGAGCUUGAUUGAAGCGUGCUACGAAUCUCAGUCCAUUUGGACGUGUGUUCCAGCAUCGAUCUACUGUAACAAUGCCCAAAUGGGCCCAUAUCAAAAGACUGGGAAAAACGUUUACGACAUUCGCAAGGAAUGCAAGGGUCAACUUUGUUACGAAGAAAUGCAGUACAUGGAUGAAUAUUUGAAUUUGGAUGUCGUGAAGCAAGCCGUUGGUGCCGAAGUAGACCAUUACGAAUCUUGUAACUUUGACAUCAACAGAAACUUCUUGUUUGCAGGAGAUUGGAUGAAACCUUAUCACCAAGCGGUCACCAACUUGUUGAACCAAGGACUACCUGUUUUGAUCUACGCCGGCGACAAGGACUUUAUCUGCAACUGGCUGGGUAAUGAAGCCUGGUCAAAUGCUCUGCCAUGGAAGGAGGCUGAAAAGUUCCAAGACCAACCAGUGAAGAGCUGGAUUUCCAGCACGACAGGUGAGAAGGCUGGUAAGGUGAAAAACUACAAGAACUUCACCUUCUUAAGAGUUUAUGGCGGUGGACAUAUGGUUCCUUUUGACGUUCCAGAAAAUGCCCUUGCAAUGGUCAACGACUGGGUUAGCGGCUCCUACAACUUUGAGUAA